GUGUGUCAGCGUCGGCUUAACAAAAGAUAGAGCGACCUAUAGAGGCAACCAGGGAGAGAGAGAGAGAGAGACAAGCAAGCCGGGAGGACGGCAGCAUGCUGGUUCAGAGAAGCCAGAGAAGAGAAUCAAGAUACAAGGGGGGAUAGGAUACAAUAGCCUACGUUGUGCGUGUUAAAGUACGGUUGUAAAAUGUGUCUCGUCUCAGUGCGGUUCAUAUUCUAGUCUUUUAUGUUAAAUGUCAAAGCAUCUUUUCGUAUUCGCAUGUAACCGAAUGAGGAAACCGCUCUUUUUUUGCGUUUCCUCCUUUCUUGACUCGCCCGUAGUUUUCAUCUCUCGCACUCAAAGGAAAACAAAGUAGGCUAUUAAACACGUAUUAUGGUCGCCGGUGAGCUCGUGCAGGAGCAUCUGCGCGUGGAUCCUGGCGCACCUGACGACAUCACGGUGGUCAGGAAGAACUCCGACCCGGACGGUGCAGCGGUACGAUGUGCGCAGUCCACAUACGGAGCCGCGCCGACUUGCGGGUCUGGGCUGACAGAGACAGACCGGGCGCUGGAGCAGGAGAAGGAGGUGCCUCCGGAUGAAAGAGAGGCGAUGCUGCCGAACGGAGGAGGAGGAGAGGCGGAGGCGGAGGAGGAGGAAGGGAAGAAGCUGGAGACGAAACUGUAUCUGCGCCGGUUCGCCGUGCUCGCGGUUUUCAGCCUGUACUCUUUGGUGAACGCCUUCCAGUGGAUCCAGUACAGCAUCAUCACCAACGUGUUCACCCAGUACUACGGGGUGACUAACGACAAGGUGGACUGGCUCUCCAUCGUCUACAUGGUCGUCUACGUGCCGCUCAUAUUCCCGGCCACUUGGCUGCUGGACUGGAAAGGUCUGCGGCUCACGGCCCUGCUGGGCGCCGGCCUCAACUGCGUCGGCGCUUGGCUCAAGUGCGCCAGCGUGAGCCCCGAGCGGUUUGGCGUCACCGUCACCGCGCAGGUCAUCUGCUCCGUGGCGCAGGUGUUCAUCCUCGGCCUGCCGUCCCGCAUCGCCUCGGUGUGGUUCGGACCGCGGGAGGUUUCUACUGCGUGCGCCACAGCCGUGCUCGGGAACCAGUUGGGAGUAGCCAUAGGCUUCCUGUUGCCUCCAGUUUUGGUUCCCAACACACCUGAGGACGUUAAACUGACUGGUCACAACAUCAGCAUCAUGUUCUACGGUACCGCCGCUGUCUCCACAUGCCUCUUCAUCCUCACAGUUAUAGUCAUAAAGGACCGCCCUCGCCUCUCUCCCAGUCAUGCCCAGGCUGUCCUACCAGACUCUCCCCGUGAAGAUUACUCCUAUAAACAGUCCAUCCUCAACCUGAUAAAGAAUAAAGCAUUUGUCCUCCUGCUCAUCAGCUACGGUAUAAUGACCGGUUCCUUCUACUCCGUUUCAACACUUCUCAACCAGAUAAUCUUGGCCCACUAUGAGAACCAGGAGUUGAAUGCUGGAAGAAUUGGUUUGACUCUGGUUAUCGCUGGAAUGGUCGGCUCCAUCCUCUGUGGCCUGUGGCUGGACCACACAAAGAUGUACAAGACGACGACUCUGAUCGUGUAUAUCCUGUCGUUUGUGGGCAUGGUGGUCUUCACCUUUACUCUGAACCUCAACAACAUCUACCUGGUCUUCUUCACUGCUGGAAUCCUCGGGUUUUUCAUGACGGGUUACCUGCCUCUGGGGUUUGAGUUUGGAGUGGAGAUCACUUACCCAGAGUCUGAAGGAACAUCGUCAGGACUCCUCAAUGCUUUUGCUCAGAUAUUUGGGAUAAUUUUCACUCUGAUUCAGGGCAAACUGACCACAGACCACAAUCCAUUGACUGGAAAUAUCUUCCUCUGCGUCUGGAUCUUCCUGGGAAUACUGCUCACUGCCUUUAUUAAGUCAGAACUGAAAAGACACAAUGUCAACAUGGGAGCAGAUAGCAACCACCUGCAAGCACUUCCUUCUGAGUGUCCUGGUGACUGCCCUUCAGGAAAGAAAACCAACACAGCCAAGAUGGAAACCUCGAUCAGCUUCUCCCGUGAAACCUCACUGUGACCCUGCCAAAUCACAGGAUCGCAGGAGAACUAAGAAAGUCUCCCUGCUGUCACGGGAGACGGACAUGUUGGCUAUGUGAAGUACCUGAAGGUGCAGUUGAUUUUAUAUUGCCAAGCAUAAUAUCUGGCUCUGAGUGUGAGCCAAGUCUAAUCAGGCACAGCCACAAUCUACAGUGGCAGGUGGGUGACCAACAAGGCACAGCGCUCCCCCCGAGCUGCUUGACUCCUUCAGAGCUCCUCUGCAGGAGGAUCCAGGAGCCCUGUUACAGAAACUUCCUAUCUUAAGUCUUAGAAAAAUUUAACUAAAUCCAACAUUGCUUAUCACCUUAUCUGUAUGUUACCUAAUCUCACAGCUAAACAAUUUCAUAACCGUUGCUUUUUCUCGCUGAAACAUACAAAAACAGAGCAAAAACAACAACAGGGACUUGUCUUAAAGACAAAUGAGUUAGAGCUGUUGGUAACAUCUGUAGAGAAAUCUAAAGAUGAAAUAAAGGGUGUGUGCUAUGAGAUAGCCCUCUCAGUGAAUAAGUUUCACCCGCUGAAAUUUCAUCGGUUGUGUAAAAGCAAUAAAAGAGGAGCCAUACAGAUAAAACAAGUUAGCUAACACCACACAGAAAUGUCAACGUUUGGAUAGCUUAUUGUGUUAUACACUUUUAAGUUAGGAUAGGAACAUUGACUUAGGAACUCAUCUGUUAGUUGUUGUUUUUUUCGUAAAUUGGGUCCUCAUUCUAAUCACCAACUGGAUCUGAGAGUUCGGAAGUUUCUGUAAAAUGGGUUGUGCUCCCAAACACUUGCAUAGAAGAAGCAUUGCCUCCAAUUGUCAGAACAUUGGGUUUCAUCCUGAAAGGUAGUUUGCGAUAAAAAAGGCAGCAAUGACAUGCAGAAGAAGCGUUAUUUUUACUGUAGGUGAAGCAUGCUGCUCUACUUCGGUUACUGUUAAUCCACUGUAAAUCCAGUUUCAAUGGAAAACAGGCUGGUAAAACAAGCUUUCAAUUCCUAGAUCACCAUCACAAGCCUCCCUGUAGUUGAAAGAAACAAAAUCCUUCUGUCAUUCUUGAUGAAUCAUCACAGCAGGAGUUCUUUGUUUGGGGUCUUCAGGUGUCUGGGAGGAAGAACUAGUGAGCCAUUUUGUUUGGCUUUGUACAGCAGCUACUGCACAGGGCAACAUUUCCUGAGUUUACUUGAAUUAUCUUCUCAUGCUCUAGACUGACAUGAAACACACUGUAAAUGUAGCUGAUAUUGUUUCACUGGAUUUUCUCUUUACACACAACACUUAUGUUAAUUAUCGAAGAGGACCUCCACAUCGGAGGCAUAAACCAUGAAUAUUUGAAUACAAUGCUGCACACACAGUAAACAGGCAGAUGCAAAUCAUUUAGCAUGGUUUGUUUUAGUCUGCAUAAUAAUAGACAGACUUUAUCACAAAUGAUAUGACAAGUCCUGGGAGUGCUAGACAAUUACAAAAGUACAUGAAAGCCUACCCCGUACAGUAAACCCGGGAUGGCAAGUCCUUCCAUUCAUGACAAACGACUGAGGCAAAAGAGUGAAAUGUUUAGAAGAAUUGCAUUUUGGUAUCAGAUUCCAGGGAUGCAUGCCUGCGCAUUUUCCCUAUUUUCUUUCCCUUAACUCACCACCACACUGGGAAAAAGGAGGUGUAGGGAAGGAGGAGGAAAGUUGACUUGCUAUGAACGGGCACUGACAUAACUGACAUGAAGAAUCAAAACUCUAUGCUUAUGAUUCAUGUAAUUGUAAUAGUGAAAGUAAAUGUAUGUUUUAAUUUAUUAUAUAAUAAGUCCAAAUCUUAAUGUAAAAACGAGUCCAUCAUAAUAAGUGCUAGCAAGACCUUGAUGGAGGAAGGUUAGACUUGUUUUGAUGACACCCCUUAAUUGGCUCUAACUAGGGCUGGGCAAUAAAACAAUAAUAAUAAUUAUCGCAACAUCAUUUUCCUCAAUAACAAUAUAAUAAAUGUUCAAUAUAUUGUCAAAUAUUUGCUUUGAUUCAUUUGAAUCACAAACAAAUUAGCACCUUUUCUAUUAAAGAUGAACUAAUCAUAUUUGUUGAAAAAGAGUAGUUUUAAAUGUUCUAACUGACUUGUGAAGUGAGCCACUGUUUGGCAUGAAGUGUUUGUCACAUUCUGACCAUAAAGAAAAGUUUAACUACA